CCAAAAUUUUUCUUUCUUUAACCAUGUCUGAUAAAAAAAUCCACCGAUACUUUUUAAGCCGAGAAUCUUCGAAAUGGGAUAUUGUUGAUUUUUUGGAGGAGUCUAGCGAAGAGCCCUUCGAAAAAAAGAUAGACGUAUAUAUUAAAUCACUUAAUAACCUAGCCAAUUAUAAGCGAGGAAAACAACGCGAAAGAGCGCUUACGCUUAUUGACAAGUACAAGGAGGGAUUUCGACCUGACCGCCAAAGGGCACGAGAGUGGAAGAAAGAGUGUAAGCCGGCUAGAAGGAUUAGUGGACCCUCAUUCCAUUUUCACAAACCAAAAAUUGUGGAUAGCUCUGUAAUAGGGGUAAACAACGGAAUUUACGAAAAUAAAAAAUCAAAGAAAAGAAAACAUGAAAAUCAGGAAGAGAAUGCCCGAAAGCGAUCGUCCCCAGAUGUCAAUGAUCAAUCCAUGCUCUAUGACAAGGCGAUAACAGAAAUUAGCAUUGCACAAGAAAAUAAUAUUGCUUGUCAGACGAUGCCGUUAUGCUGGGGUAUUAUUGAUCUUAGGGUAGAAAAUGUCUCACCGUGCCCUAAACAUCCUCGUGCAAAAGAACUUCUUCCCCCAGCCGAAGUUCUAAGACUUCAAAAAGUAACCACCGAGUUCGUAAAUAAAGGAUCGAAGUUGAGUUCAUCUACCUUGGCACUAUUGGAAGUACUUGAAUCAAAUACUUUCAGUUUAAAAAAAUUAUGUAAAGAAAAGCGGGCUCACGGAAUCAAAGGCGUUUGUUCCUUACUCCGUAUUAACACGGACAAGGUGGACAUAUAUGACAAAGACGCGCAAUAUAUUGGAGAGUGUUUAGACUCUUUUAACGAAUGGAUACGUACGUACGGCGGAUACUCCCAUAUAGAAAGGACUGUUGAUAUGCAUCUCAUUGGACCAUUUUCAAAGGUGAUUAUAAAACAUGUAAUGUAUGCUUGACGUUGUAUGUAUUGUAUGCUUAUGUAUGCUUUUAUUGUAUCUAUACAUGUAUGGAUAUUAAAAAUGAACGUAUGCUAUGUAUGGCAUACUUAUUUUCGCCAUACAUAA